AUGGGAAGGGUGUACAAUGAUCCGGCAGCCAACCAGUCUGUUGAAGUUGCUGAACUGAGAAGGCAGAUCGGAUCGAUUGAUGCCGAUAUCAUGCUGGUGAAUAAACGACUUGAAGAAUCCCAGGAUGGUGCUGCUGCCAUGGAGGCCCUAAGGGCCGAGCUCACUCAAGCCAAGGAACAAGCUCGGGCUAGCAAUGCGGCUGCCCUAAAGGCGGCCGAAGAGUUUAGAGCCGAACAGGCUGCUCAUCGCCGAAGCGGGGAAAAGAUAGCGGAAAUGGCUGAAGAGUUGAAAAAUGACGCCGACCGGUAUGUGCUCCUUGAAAAGGAGAGUAAGGCUAGUUCGACCGAGCUGGACAAGGCGCUUAAUGCCGCCAAGGAGUUGCGGACCGAGAUCCGGGGAAUGCGGGAGGAGCUCCAACAGGCCAAAAAAAAUCAUGGCUGGGGGCUCCUAACUACUGCGGAAGAAGUUUUUGGAUCCAAAUUAUGCUCCCUUAGCUGGGCGUUACGCAUAUGCGGACUUGACGGAAAGUACAGCUGACGCUGCCAAGUUCUUCGAGGAUCAAGGUGAUAAGGAAGUGGAGAAGCUUUUUUGGUCGCAAUUCAGUGCUCCCAACCGCUCACUGCCGUUGAAUGAGAAGGUGGCUGCUGUGGUGGAGCUUCAUAGGCUGUCCGGGCUUGCAAUACAGUCUAUAAUAGACCAUCUUUGGCCGAAGGGGCCCAAGCCGGACAGUUAUUUUGGUUUGGUGCAAUAAUUCCUUGGGGCCGUGACUCGGAUCGACGCCAUGAGGAGGUCGGCAUGCAUAGAGGGUGCCCGGAUGGCUCUUGCCCGCGUAAAAUCCUAUUGGACGGAUAUGGAGGCCGCCAUUGUAGCGACCCAGGAUCCGGCGGGAGGCCAAUAUCCGGUCGAGCACUACUUGGUCCAGGUCACAGAGGGUGCUCGCCUAAUAGAGGCGCAGUGCUCGAAGAAUAUUUUGUUUGAGUGAUAAGUCGAAUUAUUGUAAAAACAAUGUUUAUUUUAAUUAUGAGGCUAUAUUUAUA